AUCAGCACGCCACCGCAUUGCAUUCAUUGGACGAUACCAUUUUUAUUAAAACUCAACUCUGCAGCCCUUUUUCUAUUUCACAAAUAUUCCUAUUGGGUUUUAGAUAAAAAAAUAUUACUGGUCCCUAGUGGGUGACAAGUCAACUUCACGGUUCAUAGCUGACGAACCGGUGUCCCAUUGUCUUUCUCCUUCUUCUCCGUGUCCUCUAUCCUCCAGGGUUCAUAGUUCCCAUUCUCAGAAAUGCAAUAAUCCGAUUGAUAACUAGACUAAGACUACCGUUUUUCUUUUCCAUGGGAAAUCUUCAAUUCCAUAGAGUUCACUUCUCUCUCUUUCUUCUUCAUCUUCUCGUUCAGCUGGUAUGGUUUCAGUCCCUCUCAUCAGCCUACACCGUUCAGGAUAAGUAUUUUAUCAGCUGUGGGUCAAACAACAACGUAACAGACACAGAAAGCGGGAAGGUUUUCGUGGGGGAUUCUUCUCUUUCCUUAUCCUUUCCAAAGCAGAGUAGCGUCCAGGAAGCAAGUAACGGGUCAUCGGACAUAUCUCCUAUUUAUCAAAAGGCAAGGGUCUUCCAACAGAAAUUCUCGUACGACUUCACAAUCGAUGUUUCUGGCUCUUAUCUGGUACGCCUUCACUUCUUUGCUUUCUCUUCCUCAAGUAAUCUCCCCACUGCUCGCUUCAAUGUUUCGAUUCCUGGGUUCUGGCUCUUGCAAAAUUUCGCUGCCAAAAAUGCUAGCAAUUCUCCUUUAGUAAAAGAAUACUUCACAAGCAUCAAUUCCACCGCCGACUUCAAAAUCACUUUCAGGCCUCUGGAAUCAUCAUUUGCAUUUGUGAAUGCCAUAGAACUCUUCCUUCUCCCCGAUUAUUUGAUUCCUGAUGGUGCUACGACUGUAAGACCCGAUGGCGAUUCUGCGGAUUAUACGGGUUUGCGGUCUCGGGUGUUACAGAUGACUUACAGGCUUAAUGUUGGAGGCCCUAAUGUCUCGAGAAGCCAAGAUGGGUUAUGGAGAUUAUGGGAAAUAGAUGAUCCUCAUUUGUUAAAUCCACAGGCUGCCGAACGGUUGAGUUCCGCUGUUGGUAUUACAUACCGGGACGAAAAUUCUGCGCCUGAUGACUAUAAUUGGGCUACUAAGUAUACUGCCCCAGAUAGUAUUUACCAAAGUGCCAAAAAGGUUAAUUUGGAUUCCAAUGGCUCUGGUUUCUUCAACAUAACCUGGGUUCUUGCUGUAGAAAACAAAGCUAAUUAUCUUGUUCGGGUUCACUUCUGUGAUUUAGAGAGUAGUUCUCCAGGCCUUACGUACUUCAAUCUAUCAAUCUACAACAACUUCAGGGAUGUGAUCGAUUCCGUGAACAUAUCUAGCCAAUUGCCUGUUCCAUUUUAUUAUGAUUAUGUGGUCAAUCCUGAUAACUCUGGACUCGUGAAUAUCAGCGUAGUUCCUCUUGAUUCUCCAGUUCGAAAUACGUAUUUAAACGGACUAGAAAUUAUGAGAAUCAUUGAUUCUUCAGAUUCGGUUCCGUUGGAGGAAUCCAAUGCGAAUAAUCAUCUCCCUCUAGUGCUGGGGUUAUCGCUUGGAGUUGGAGGUCUUGUCCUAAUUUCUGUUAUACUAGCUGGGUUCUUAAUUUGGCGAAUGAAGUUUAGGAAGCAAGAACCUAAGCCUGUCGAGAAUUCGGAUUGGUUACCAUUGCCAUUUUAUGGAGGAGGAAGUUCUCACAGCAGAUUGACUGAAGGAACUUCACAUGGCUCCCCUCUUCCAAACUUAAAUCUUGGGCUCAAAAUCCCUUUGAUUGAGAUCCAAUCUGCAACAAACAACUUUGAUACAAAAAGAUUAAUUGGAAAGGGUGGUUUUGGCAACGUUUACAAGGGAAUUCUCAGGAAUGGUUUGAGAGUGGCUGUGAAAAGAAGUGAGCCUGGGUCAGGACAAGGCCUUCCAGAAUUCCAGACAGAGAUUAUGGUUCUCUCAAAAAUUCGACACAGGCACCUUGUUUCCUUGAUUGGUUAUUGUGAUGAAAGGUCUGAAAUGAUUUUGGUUUAUGAAUAUAUGGAAAAAGGGACACUGAGGGAUCAUUUGUACAAUUCAGAUCUUCCAAGCUUGUCUUGGAAGCUGAGGCUUGAGAUUUGCAUUGGAGCUGCAAGAGGUCUUCAUUACCUUCACAAGGGAGCAUCAGGAGGCAUCAUUCACCGGGAUGUGAAGUCCACAAAUAUAUUGCUUGAUGAAAACCAUGUUGCUAAAGUCGCUGACUUUGGCCUCUCAAGAACAGGCCCUCUUGAUCAUCAACCUUAUGUCAGCACAGGUGUUAAAGGCACUUUUGGGUAUCUAGAUCCUGAGUAUUUUCGGUCACAACAGUUAACAGAAAAAUCUGAUGUUUACUCGUUUGGCGUGGUACUUCUUGAAGUGUUGUGUGCAAGACCAGCCAUUGACCCUAUGCUGCCAAGGGAGCAGGUGAACUUGGCUGAAUGGGGAAUCCUUUGCAAGAACAAAGGGAUGGUCCAAGAGAUUAUAGAUCCUUCCAUCAAGGGGCAAAUAGAUCCAAACUCGCUCAGGAAAUUUAGCGAGACAGUAGAGAAAUGUUUGCAAGAAGAUGGUUCUGAUAGGCCUAGCAUGGGUGAUAUGUUGUGGGACUUGGAGUAUGCAUUACAGCUUCAGCGAGGCACAAUUCAGAGAGAACCCCAUGAAGACAGUUCCAGCGGUGCUUCUGUGUCAAUUCAAUUGCCCAAUGUUCGUCGACUCCCUUCACUUUCUACACUCGGUGAAUCAGGUGAUAUGUCCAUGAUGGGGGAAGAUGAAUCCAAUAGCGCAGUGGGUUCAGUUUUCUCACAGUUGAAGAUUGAUGAUGCCAGAUAGAUUAUCAUUGUCGAGCCCUUCAAGGCAGAAUAAACUUUCUUUUUUUAAGCGUACAAGGCCCUGAAGCCAUUGUAUGGAAUUCUUUCCCCAUCAAAACCCGGCCGCUUUGGUUUUCUGCAGGUUUGUCGGUCUCCUUCUCUACUGAGGAAAUCCCCCUGGGGCUACUUGGCUGUUCCCGAGGUUCAUGAAUAUUGGCCCUCUGUUCCUUGACCGUCGAUGCAAGAACUCGACCAUUCACAAGAGUUGGCCUUGUCAAAGAUAGCAUCAUCAUCAUUAUGAGGGCCAUCAGAAGGAAAAGAGAGCCUUCUCAUUCUGGAGUUGGCAGAAGCAGUCCCUCCCAACCCUAUUGGCAACGAAACGCGUGGAAUUUUUAUACCCAAAUAAAGUGGUGUUGCUGAAAAGAUAGGUUUGGCAUCUCCAACGAGCAUGCUAAGCGUUCUCUUGCAUAUGAACGAGGAGCUUGGAAGGGCAAAUGGACGGUGAAGGGCUUUUAGGGGUGGGACCUCUUAAAGGCAGUAUAAGUUGACUGAAACUUUUCUUAUAUGAAGGAAAUAAUCAGGCACAGUCACUGCCACCCAAUACCACCCUUCCCAUAUGAGUCAGUUCAAAACUUGACUUUAGAGAAUGGCUUUGUGACUUGGGAAACACGCAGGAUCGAAGCGUUCCAAGCUUCUGGUGCAUUUUGAUAUAGUGAGGAAAGUGGGUACCUGAUGCAAAAGUGGAGGCGGAAUCAAUAUGCUAAGGUGAUUAUGAGCCAGCGGGGGCUUUGGACUCGGGUUUACAUCCUCACAAUUUGCACUGACAGGAAAGAUUGCAAGAUUCUCAAUUAUUUAUUUUCUGCGGAUAGAACUAAAUGAAUAAAUUUGUGUUGUCUCGAGGCUUUCAUAAUUCACUCAGUCAUUAGUUAGGAAAUUGUAUCGGGCUAUUUCUUUCUAUACGUGAAGAGGAUGAAAAUGGGAAGGAAAGAAUCUACAGGUUUACAACUGUAGCACAAACAUAAGGGUGGGGUGUGCGUGCGUCAACGAAUUAAUGGAGGAAAGGGCUAGUAAGUGCAUGUUCUCUUAUUCCUUUUUCACUUUUUGAAAUCGAUGGACGACAGAAUGGUGCAUCCAAGCUCAAAGAUAGCAGAAUCCUCAAUUGGUGGUUUCCAAUCAUUUUUUUUUUUAUUUAAAUCCAAAGAGCCUAAAAAUCUAAGCAUCUUCUGGUAAAAGGAGUUGAACGGAAUAUGUAAUUUUACCAAUAAUCUUGCCUCUUUUCCCCUCGUUGUGUUUUUAUCAGAAGUUCCAUCUCGCCAAAAAUUGAGCCUUUUUAUUCCUGGAUUUUUCUUCUGUUACUAUCAUUUUUGGGCUGGGUUCUUAUUCUUCCCUAAACGUGUAUUAUUUGAAUUGGCAAGCGAUUAUCUCCAACACUAACCUUGGUUUUUUUUUUUUUUUUUUGGGUGCGUUUAUAUGGAGGGUGCAAUACAUGGUACUGUUUAAAGACUUGACAGGCAGCAAGCAGUAAAACAAGUUCAUUGGUCUUGAUGCGAGUUGCUUGAAUAGGAACUAUGGAGAGUAUGCUCAUCGGUCUGAUUAGAACUUUCUUUGUUCUCUGGUCCAGUGGAGAACCCCAGAUCACAAAGCAAGGGUCGAGGGAGACAGAGAGGGAAUUGACUGGUCUAAAAACAGAAUAAUAAACAUGCAUAUUGAUUAGGGCUAAUCAGAGCAAAAGGAGAAGCGACAAGAAUAGAAGAAGAAAGGGACCGAGGAAGAACAUAUAAUUGAGGUUGAUCCCGGAAGGAGAUUCACAGAGACAGAGUCAUACAAGGGAACGGUGAACAUAGCUCGCGAUUUCAGGUUUAUUCAAAUUCAAGACUUGAGGAAUUGCUGGCUGGCAAUUCGUUUUCAAGAAAAGAAGCCCCCACUCGGUCCUCAUCAAUCACCUUCCACUGAGCUGUUCAAAAUUGACUGCUUAGCGCCAUCGCUCGUAAUCCUUGCCAGAUUGUGCUCUUUGAUUUCAUCAGAGCCUGCCACCACCGCAUUCAAUUUGCUUCCCAAAAACAUUUUUUUCCACAAAGGACAGAAAAGCAAAUGCUCUGUUUAGGCAAGUACUCCCCCGUAGCUCAUAUGAUUGAACGAUAAUUAAAAGAAGAGGAAAAUCGCCAUGACCAUCAGAAAUGGUGGCUUGGGCCCAAAAAGUAAGGUUAUUUGGCUUUCUAAAUGAAAAAUAUCAUACUAGUAUAAAGCUGUCAUAAGUAUUGUAAUUAUUGUAAUGUCCAUCACCUUCUAGCAUCUUUCAUAAUCAUCAAUUAUUUCACUGUCAUAGAUUUUAAUUGGGUUAGAAUUGUGAACCCAUACGUGUGAAUAGAAAUCAUUUCAGUU